UGUGACAUUGCACAUUUCCGCAUUUGAAAGUACACAGCGAAGUACUUUCUGCUGCAGUAGGACUGUUGAUCUGCGUAGUUGAGAAAUUGUAAUGGCGAGACUGCUAUUAAGAUACAACUUUAGGGGCUUCUUUGCCACCCAAUUCAGGAUGGUAUCCGAACAGGUAAAUGUAAAUGACGCACUGACAGUUGUGUUGUUUUGUAUAGCUUGCUGGUUAAUUUUGUUGCAGCUCCCAUAGCUAAUAAGUAGCCUAAUAAAACUGAUAGCAAUUUCCUCGAAAUAAUCCUUGUACUGUUUGUUUUAUAUUGAUAGAUUUUAUAUUGCCAAUGUUUGACCAUGUUUCCGUUUUAUUGUUUUGGUUAACUUGUAGACAAGCCAAGACCGCAAUCUUGAACUGUAGUAAGUAACUCAGUAUGUGGCAGUGUUGUAUAUGUUUUGUCAGGAAAUCAGAAAGGGGAUUUUGAAUUUGUCUACGACCGUAGGACCACCAUGAAGGCGUAGUCCAACCAUGGAUGAUGUCUAAUAAAUGCUAUGCUAUGCCCGUGGGAGUCCCGAGUUCAGAUUCCGCCUGUGAUUUGUGAGAUAAAUAAAAAAAAUAUCUCUCCCCUCUCUAGCUGGGUGAGCUGGGCAAAGGAGCAGGAAAGGGAGGGGGUGGAGGAGGCUCGGUGAGGGAGGCAGGUGGUGCCUUUGGAAAGAAGCAGGCUGCAGAGGAGGAGCGUUAUUUUCGGUAAGUGGAUCCUUUUUGUAACCUGGAUGACCAGACAUAUUACUACUAUGCUUAUGAACCAGGCUAUCCAUUUUGGAGGAAGGUAUGCAAAACUCUUGCCUUUUGACCCCAGUGGACAAUGUAUGAUCAUAGUAAAGAAGAAUCCCUUUCUCGCGUAUGGCUCAUGUUAAGCCCACAUGAACGCAAGAGUAAAUUGUUUCCGUUGCAAAACGUUUAGCAACAUAAUGGGCGUAAUGAAUGCACCCCUGGUUUCACUUUUGCCUCAUUGAGAAAUCAACCAACCUUUUCUCUCCCUCUCGCUCCUCAGUCAGAAGGAGAAGGAGCAGUUGUCUGCCCUACGGAAGCACCAUGAAGAGGAGAUUGACCACAGCAAGAACGAGAUUGAGCGUUUGCAGCGUGAGAUUGACCGUCACAAGGGCAAAAUCAAGAAGCUGAAACAUGAUGACUGAGCUCAGUCUUCAGUCCCAGUCACACUGCUUACAUUAUGCCAAAUAUCACUCAUUGCCUGAUUUGGUGUCUGUAUGCAGUUGUAUAUGAAAAAAAAUAUAUGUAUGCACUCACUAAUAAUAAUAAUAAUAAUAAGCCAUUUAGCAGAC